CCGAUCCCGAUCCCCAAUCAUCCGCCCCGCGAAGCCACACUCACACCGCGGCCGUGCCGAAAGAGUGGAGAAAUCGUCCUGACCCAGGCCAAUCAAGCCGGCGUGUACCCCUCCAAGCCAGUUGACAUCAUAGCCCACCACCCCCAUCGACGGCGUUGAGGGGUCACAUUCAGCCACAACGCUCGUCAUCAAACCCGCAAGCAGCGCCCCGUACCAAGACCUGACGCCUUUGCUCCGUCACACCCCGAACUGAUGAGCUGUGUACGGUCAUUGGUGAAGGGGAAGCUGUUCAUGGAAGAACCGGCCAAGAAUGUACUGCAGAUCCCUAAACAUGAACCGAACAGGGAAGGCCAUGUACCGGCAGACGGAGAGGUCACCCUCUCUCUUGCCUUCUUUUGGACUCUCUUAAAGAGUCUCGAUCUCCCCCAUUCGUGCAGCUUGGAACAUAUCUUACUCUAUUUAUUAUUUCACCUGGCCCGGUAUCCAGAUCGACCACCAAUCAACAGCAAACGACCGUUCAUAUCUUACUCAAACCAACAACCAAGCAAACUCGAAUCCACUAAACAAGCUUGACACCAAAGGACCUUGCCCUUCAUCGAACGGCCGUAACCAUGGGCUUCGCCUUGAAAUUCCUGCAAUGGUUCAUCCGCGGCGUCCAACUCGGCUGCUCCGUCCUCAUCCUCGCCAUUUUCUCCUACUUCCUGGCGACCCUGCACAACCACUCCCUCCCGAUCGCCACCUCGAUCCGCGCCGUUGAGGGCAUCUCGGGCGUCGCGACCCUCUACACCCUCGCCGGCCUGUUACUGCUUUGCUGCCUCGCCGGCCGAUCUUUUACCUCCUUCAUCGCCAUCGUCCUCGAUGUCGCCUUCAUCGCCGCCUUCAUCUAUGUCGCCGUAGCCAACCGCAACGGCGCCGACUCGUGCUCCGGCAACGUCAGCACCCCAUUCGGUGACGGCCCUGCCGACGGCGAACCCACCAACACCGGCAGCGACGGCUGGACCCAUCUCCCCAGCUUGCGCACCGCUUGCAAGUUGCAGACCGCCUGUUUCGCCGUCUCCAUCGUUGCCAUCAUCUUUUUCAUCCUCUCCAUCCUCGUCGAGGUCGCUCUCGCCCGCCACCACCGCAAGGAGAAGCGCUUCGGCCCGUCCCCUAAGAACAACUAUACCUCGGGUUCCGGCGCCAAGCCCGGCUUCUUCAGCAAGUUCCGCCGCGGUAACGGCGACACCGUCGCGACCAACGAGAAUGCCCUGCCCAUGCACACCAGCCCCGACCAGGUUCGCAAUAGUUACGCCACCGAGACCACCGCAGUUGCUCAGGAUCCCGGGUACCCCAAGUACGAGGGCGCCUAUGCUACCAACGGCAACACCGGCACCAAUGGCUACGGCUACGGCCAGGAGACUGGCACCACUGGCACCACGCACCCGCCCAACAACUACCACUACAACGACGGCGUGUACGACAGAGUUUGAUUAACCC